CCUGAACUCCAUUGACCUCGACGGCCAACCACCUAUCUUCGCGACCUUCCUCUCCCGUGAUCUCGCAUCUCCUCGCCUCUGAGCCGAUCCCAUUUUGAAUAGGCCCCGGCGAAUUCACCAUGAGGCUUCUUGCCGGCCUGACAGCGGCCGCCUUGUCUGGGCUUGCUGUCGGCGCAUCUCAGCCGAGUGCCGACGCCUACCUCUUCAAGGCGUCAUCAUCGCAGAGCUCACCCAACACGCCCAGCAUUCCCAAAGAAGUUGCUCGCCACAUUCUGCUUCAAAGAACGUCGAGGCAACGAUAUGGCAGCGACCUCCGCGAUCUCCCCAGCUCGAUCGACACCGAGACGGCCGUUGGCCACAUCGCGAAGUUCGGCAAGAGCCCCGCGCCCUUAUUCUCACACACCAAAGAGACCGAGCCUUCACAAUUAGUCGUGAUCGUAGAAGGUGUUGCAGCCGAGCAAUCCAGCCGGUUGCGAGAAACGUUGGGCCACUCUGCCGCAUACACCAUUGCCGACCCCCCCUCUGCCACUGCAAACAAGUUCCUGAUGGCAGGAUUCCAUAACAUGGGCGUCGCGUCGCCGCGACAGUGCGAGCUGUCAGAAGUAAUCAACCCCUUCAAGGCGGAUUGCUGGAACGGCCCUUCCGCAGUCGUCAAGUACGACCUACGAAAGUCACCCACGACACUUGACUCUCUCGUCGACAACCUCCCAAGACUAAACAACUUCGUAAAUAACGGCGAGCUCGAAGUCCUUCUGGUCCUCCUGCCCGAAUCAAGCCGCAAUUCCAAGCUCAACCACUGGAGCGCCACCGCCGCUGGAGCAGGAUCAUGGGAUAGCGCAUCCGACCUCCGCCGGCGACGGCACGCCGAAGAGACGGUCAUCACCGACCACCAACUGAGCAUCGACGCCGAGAGCGACAACGGCGAGGCCAACCACCCCCCCGCCGCCACCGCCGCCGCUACUACGACUACGACCCUCGACAACGCGCGCCGCACCAAGAAGCCGAUCCCGCAGUGCUUCGCCUCCUACGACGGCUGCAUGGCCCAGACCAACUCGUGCUCCGGCCACGGCGAGUGCGCCAACAAGUACGGCGGCAACACCACGUCCUCCGCCUCGGCAGCGAGCUGCUUCGCAUGCGUGUGCAAGGCCAGCGUCGUGGAGCCGGGCGAUGGCGCGCGGGCGCAGGGACGCAGGACGGUGCACUGGGGCGGGAACAUGUGCCAGAAGGAGGACGUGAGCGUCGAGUUCUGGCUGAUUGCCGGCUUCACUGUGACGAUUGUAGGGGCGGUCACGUUCGCGAUUGGGUUGUUGUUCAACGUCGGGGAGGAGAAGUUGCCUGGGGUUAUCGGGGCUGGUGUUAGCAGGUCCAAGUAAGGUAACUAUGGUACGAUUAACCCAAGGUCACUGGGGUCGGCGAUGGGGGUCAUGGGGAGAAUAUCCGUCAUGGGGCGUUCAUAACGAUGUUGUCUCUUGGCUAUGCUAUACUGUUACUCAAGGGCUCAAAGACUGUCUUGUACGGAGAGUUGUGUAUUGGUCGAACUAGGUACGGAAGGGGUUGUUGGUGUAUCAUAUAAUGGCGUCGGUAUGGCAUGGGAUGCGUUUGAUCUUUUGCUUCCUUUUCCUCUUAAGGUAGACAGACACUAGAUACAAUGCACUUGGUUACAG